AAGAUUAGCUCGAGCAAAUGACUGCGCAAUUCUAUCCAGUUCAGCAGUGCACGCUGCCGCAUGCCUGUUCUGAACCGAUCACAUUCGUAAUUGCGUGCUGCCAUGCGGUGUACCGGACGGAAGUCGGGCGUUAUACUUUAUUCACCUAUGCGCAGAUAAGUUUUACGAAAAUCUACAGAUUCAUCCGGCUGCAAAGAUGAGUCAGAAUACGAUACGACAGAGAAAAAUCGCGUCUUUUAUUCAUUUUUUUUUUCUGUCCAAGAACAAUUUUUUUUCUUGAUCGAAGCACAGUGUAGUUCCCACUUCUCGUAAGGCCCACUCGUUUAGCACCGGCCGCACAAGAUUCUUCGACCACGAGAGGUGUUCUUAAGCGGCGAGCUUUCAGUACCAAAGCAACCGUGGCAACUGCUAUGCUGUAAGCUGCACCAUUUGCCACUGAGUCGCUGGCCGGACACCAGUGGGCUACAACUGGACAGAAACGAAAAAGUUCUUCGCCUUCCUGAAAUGGCAGGCAGGGGUAAAGAAAUUAAUCGCUGCGGCGAGCGUGACAAGGACGAGGAAAGCCAGUCUGGUAGCCGGGAAUCGAACGCCGAAGCUAAACUUUGUAGUCCUGACGCCGCAGUAACUUCUGGCUCAACCGAGAUGUACUAUGAGCCUGCGCAAAGUUUAUCCGGGGGCAGCGUACAAGAGCAAUCGAUGAGUGAAGCGAGUGGCAAGGACGACCGACAUCCUCGAACAGCCCAAACGCCUUCGACCGCAACGGCCAAGGUCGGUAACGCUAGUUGCAGUUCAGGGCUGGCGAGCCCUUUUGCUGCAGAAGACCAAGCAAGAACGGCCGCAGCGGAGAAGUCCCCGGGCACGCGUCCGGCCCUACAACACAAGAAACACAAUACACCAGACGCAUCCACAUUGUUUAUCGGUGGCUACGAUGCCACACAGCAGGCAACUGCUUCUACGACGGCGGCUGCGGGAGUGAGAAUGCCGAUGGCUGCAAGUCGACGCAACACAACCUUUGAUCAGAGCACACCCCUGAGCGGCACCCCUCCGAGUGACCCAAUUGAUUGCACCGGGAAAGCUAGUGCGUUUUUCUCUCAAAUGCCUCAAUUGACAUUAAGAAAUCCUGAAAACCCGACUGCCUCGACCUUGUCCAAGAGUUUGCGUCAUGGUAAAGGACGGGCCGAGCAACAAGAAGAAACAUUGUACUCAGGUGCUGCUUCUGCUGCUGCAAGUAAACAGGGAAUCUACAAGGAUAUUAACCCCGGCGAUGCUCUUGUCAGCACGGAUUUCUCCACUGCUGGUGCUGCUGGUAUGCAGUCGGACCAAUUUACCCCGCAGUUCCCGCAAGCCUCUUCUCAGUCGCCUGGAGUUGCUCCUGGGCGUGCUCUCCUUAAACGAUCUUUGACUAAACCUUCUUCUCCGCCACCAGCGCACCAAUCGCAUUUACAAAGCUCUAGGCCACUUUUGCCUGCCGCGAGAAAUCGGCACCAGUUUAUCCUGCCACAGGUAAUUACACGGGUUACGCAAGAAGGGCAUGCCCAACUAAACCCCAAUUUACCUACGUCAUAUUCGAAUGUAGCCCAGAACAACGCCCCUGGCAUGGUGAGUUCCGGCCUGUACGCGACGCUGCCUUGUCACACUGAUACUGCUAGACUUUUGCUCGCAAUACAAGGCAACCAACCUCUGCAGCCGCCUUUGCCAGCUUUCAAUACGGCGCCUACGUGGAACCCGAUGGAACAAGCGGUGAAUCGUACAAGUGUUCCAUAUACGCCGCUCCUUAUGGUGUCGCCACAACAGCCCCAGCAGUGGCAGAUGGGCCUUCCGAUGCCACUUACGCAGGGGGCGACAGCGGUUGCGGGAACACAUUCGCCAACCACGCAGUCAGUCAUGCAAGCUCAGGUAGCGCCACCUGCUGCGCAGUCGAUGACAGGAAGGGAAGCUUUUGAGUUAAUAUCCGCCAUACAAUUACAAGCCUACAGGUGUGCACAACAAGAAAUGCUUCGUCGCAGGGUACGUGAAGACAGGCCGGUAUCGGAGCAUGCACAGAUGGAGGCUGUUCUAAGGUGGCUAUACGACUGCGAGCGAUCGCACCCUCUAGAGACGCCAGAGUACCUGCCAAACCAAAUACCACAACAGCAGCCAGCAGAAAGUGGGACAGAGCCACCACAUAGUCAACCAACGCUUGCGCGUAAUGAACAACCGCAUGAAACAGCACCAGCCGCCACGGGUCCCGCCGUAACAACCGGCAACGUUCAGACAAGUGAAAAGACCACUUUGAUGCAUAGACGCCAUUCACUUCAAGCGGAGAUGACACAACGGCAGCUACAGGCGCCGGUGCGUCGUCGCAGUAAUCCGGAAGAGUGGACUUUAGGGCCGCAAUCACAGUUGCACCAAGGAUCAUUGCGCGGUACACUGUCUCGGCCUGGCAGAGCCCCAAAAGGUCAAGGGGCGCGGCGAGGAGCGCCGCGGAGGGCAAAACUUGCCAGUAAGGAUGCCUCUGAUGUCUACCUUCCACCUGCUUCGACGGAAGGUUCUCACACUCAAAGCGGAGGUGAAGCCUUGCGCCUUUUACGCGUCCGAGAUGGCGCCUCCACCAAUCGCGGCCGCUCAUCCAGGAGAGGCCGGCCCCCUAAAACACGCGCUGCGGCUCAGACAUCGAGUCCAAGAGCGCAAGGAUCUAAGUAUAAUCUGCGUGAAAGUAGUGAAGCUGCAUCGAGCGGGCGACACCAUCCAUCUCAAGCACAUAGUCGGCCAAGGCUUGCGCAUAACAAGCGACCGCAUGAAACAAUACCAGCCGCCACCGGUUCCGCCGCAACAACCGGCAACGUUCAGACAAGUGGAAACCCCACUUUGACGCAUCGACGCCAUUCACUUCAAUCGACCAUGACACAACGGCAGCUACAGGCACCGGUGCAUCGUUACAGUAAUCCGGAAGAGGGGACUUUCGGACCGCAGUCACAGUUGCGCUUAGGAUCAUUGCGCGGCACAAUGUCCGGGCCUGGCAGAGCCCCGAAACGUCAAGGUGGGCGGCGAGGAGCGCCGCAAAGGACAGAACUCGCCACUAAAGGAGAUGCCUCUGGUGUCUACCUUCCGCCUGCUUCGACGGAGGGUUCUCACACUCAAAGCGGAAGUGAAGCCUUGCGCUCUUUACGCGUCCGAGAUGGCGCCUCCACCAAUCGUGGCCGCUCAUCCAGGAGAGGCCGGCCCCCUAAAACACGCGCUGCGGCUCAGACAUCGAGUCCAAGAGCACAAGGAUCUAAGUAUAAUCUGCGUGAAAGUAGUGAAGCUGCAUCGAGCGAGGGACGCCCUCUAUCUCAAGUGCCUGCGGCAUCAAGGCCAACUAAAUCUACUGAAUGCCCUCGUCGGGUGCAAGAAGCACCAGAUUAUCAGGUAGGGCAAGAUAACACGUUGCACCAAAUGAGUUUAGAACGAGACGCAACAACGAGCGUUUCGUUGGCUCAGGACAUUAAAUUCGAGGAUCUUUCGAACGAAACGCGGAGAUCAAGUGAGGGCGCAGAGCGUACGAAAAAUGAAACUUCUUCCGAGCCGACAAGCGCCAGAGAAGCACGGCCUAAAAAUGGCAGUAAAGGUCGCACGGCAACGCCAGAGGAAAAGCGGCCACCACCGAGAAAACGAAAAAACGUGGUCGGGGAUGGUAACUCCCCGCCUUCCAAACGGGGUUCGUCAUCCCAGGGUCACAAUUCCAGCGUUCCCGAAACUGAGUCUUCUCCGGAGCAGGCUCGAUGUGCAAGGUUUCAAAGACUACAGUCUUCGUUUUUCGAAAGUUAUACGUACGCGGAGUCUGAAGAAGAUAGCCAAUUAGACUUCUCUCCAUGUCCGCCACUGUGCACUACUUCGGGGCCACCUCGGUCACUCCAAGAGUUACUCACUCCACCAAGCGAUGUGUCUCCUUCUGCGUUGCCCCAAUGCGGAUUUGGUGACUUGAAGGAUUGCACUAUAAUCACGCCGUCGCCUCUGCAGCCAGAAAUUAUGCCGCACGUGAAGCGGUCCGCAGGAAAGCUAUUCACAAGCGUCGCAAAAAGACCUCACUUGUGGCUCGACAGUCCAAGUAUUCUUCCACCAAUUCACUUAACCGGAGAAUGUGACUACAGUUCUACAAGCGUGCUGACCAUGGACACAGACAGCGAUCACAGCAAAGCCGUGGUUCCUUCCGCAAACUGAUAACACUGUACUCAGUUAUUGCAAAAGUGUGUGCACGUGGUUGAAUUGCCAGCAGUGACAGGUAUACGACGUGAUCUGGAGUGUCGAGGGCGAGCUUUUAUCUCAUCUCACAGUCACAACGUCUAGACAAAUCACCAAUAUCUCGCUGGCGAAGAGAUUUGUGUGCUUUCCGGGUUUCACAUAUGCCCGGUUUCACAAAUGGAUGUCAUCAUAACAGGUGCAUUUGCAUGUCAAGAAUAACAAGGCAUUUGCCAGCUCAAGUUAAGUUAGGUAUCCUCUCAAUGACCAUGAGUUCUUGGCCGCACCAGGCUUCACAAGAAAGCUGCCGUUAUCUCUUACUGAAGGACAUUGGGAUCGAUGUUUAAGUGUUGAUCUUAAUAAAAAGCGAAAAUUGCACAUUGUCUUUUACG